CGGUCUGUCGCCAUCAACACCGCCGCUCUCUGCCCAGGCCCAAGCCAAUCGCCCCUCCCUCGCUUUCCCGUCUCAGUCCCAGUCCCAGCCCCUGCUCCAAAAUGAAAGUGCUCGUCACAGGAGGCGCCGGAUUCAUCGGCUCCCACACGGCCGAGGCCCUGCUCGCCAGAGGCGACUCGGUUGUCGUCGUCGACGAACUCAACGAUUACUACGACCUGUCCCAGAAGAUGGCCAACAUUGACAUCCUCAAGGCCAAGGCCGCCGAGACCGGGUCGCAAUUCCAGUUCUUCCAGGCCGACUGUGCCGACAUGACAAGCAUGACAACGAUCUUUGAGCUCGAGCGGCCAGACGUGGUGUGCCAUCUGGCGGCGCGAGCAGGAGUCAGGCCGUCAAUCAAGGAUCCGCACAUCUAUGUCCACUCCAACAUCCAGGCCACCGUCACAAUGCUCGAGAUGGCGCGGCAGUUUGGCGUCUCCAACUUUGUGUAUGCCUCCAGCAGCUCGGUCUACGGCGCCAACACAAAGAUCCCGUUUGCCGAGGACGACACCACCGAGAACACAGUGUCGCCGUAUGCGGCCACCAAGAAGGCGUGCGAGAUCAUGGCCAAGACAUACCACUCGCUGUACAAGAUCAACGUGACGGGACUGCGGUUCUUUACCGUCUAUGGACCCCGUGGCCGGCCAGACAUGGCGCCGUGGAUGUUUGUCGAGAAGAUCUCGAGCGGCUCGCCAAUCAACAAGUACGGCGACGGCUCGUCGUGCCGCGACUACACUUACAUCGACGACAUUGUGUCGGGCGUGCUGGCCUCGAUCGACAAGCCGCAUCCGUGCGAGGUCUUCAACCUCGGCAACUCGCAGACCAUCAACCUCAACGGCUUCAUCGAGGUGAUCGAGGACGUUGUUGGCAAGAAGGCCCUCAUCAAGCAGCUCCCGGACCAGCCGGGAGAUGUUCCACUGACCUACGCGGAUCUGACAAAGAGCAGCCGGAUGCUCGGGUACCGGCCGCAGACGUCGCUUCGGGAGGGCAUGAGCAAGUUUGUGGAGUGGUAUCGACACUUCCGGGUGCAAUCCCAGGUGCAGUCCCGUCCCACAAACUCUGCUGCAUGUCAUGCCUCUGACAAGACUGCCCAGGGCAAGCUUAAGCGAUCGCUCGAAAUCGAGGUGUACACACCCGAGGCGAGCUGUUUGGCAAGCAAACGCCGUCAAGUCAUCAGCCAGCUCGCCACCCCUCCGCUCUCUCCGAAGCAAGUCGUCAACUGGCAAAGCGACGCCCCUCUCCGUCUUCCGAAUUAGCCCACCCCGCCCCUCUCUGGCCGCAAGAUGGUGAACAAGGAUCCCAGCCAGCACACACAGCUCCCUAUACCGCCUCACUGUUGCGGGCUGCUCGGCCUGGACGUGGCCACAAACCAAGUUCAGCCCCCGGCACAAGCCCCUUGGUCGGUGGUGAUGUGU